AUGAGUGAGCUAAUUUCACAGGAAGUGCGUCGUUAUCGUGAUUUUCUUGGUUAUGAAAAAGCACGUCGCGAGCCUGCUUUAUACAAAACAGCGAAUAGCGAUCAGCCAACUACGCACAACGACGCAAUUUGUCUGACCAUUGGAAAUUUAACAAAUCAACUAACUCAGGAAUGGAUGGACAAGCUAAAAUCCAUUCACCAUGCUGUGUCCGUGUCGUCGCCAGCAAAAUCGAAAACGCCAGCAUCUCCGAAAUAA